UUCUUCAUAAAGGUACCAUGUCUGAGUCACGUUUCCAUUUGCAUUUUCUCUUGCUAUUCUUGCUCUAUUGUGUCUCCCCUUCAGGCUUCUUCAGUUUAAACAUAGUCUACAUAGACCAUUGUAGCUAUGUUGCUUGUCCUCCCCCUCAGAUUCAAGCUCUCACUGAGUUUAUGAAUGAGUUUGAUAGCAGACAGUGCAACCUCAGUGAUCCCUUUAAUGGAGUCUGGUGCGAUAACUCUACCGGUGCCGUCACGAAACUACAGCUCAGCGACUGUCUCAUUGGAACUCUAAAUCCCAAUAGUAGCCUAUUCAGGUUACAUCACCUUCGUCACCUGGACCUCAGUCAAAACAACUUCACCUCAUCUUCACUUCCUUCGGAAUUUGGCAAUCUCAACAGGUUAGAGGUCUUAUCUCUUUCCAAUAAUCGCUUUGUAGGCCAAGUUCCUUCCUCAUUUAAUUACCUAAGCCUUCUUUCCCUUUUAGACCUUUCCCAAAAUGAGCUCACCGGUAGUUUUCCACUUGUAAGGAAUCUAACAAAGCUCUCUAUUUUAAGCCUUUAUAAUAAUCAUUUCUAUGGAACUCUCAAUUCCAACACUACUAACCUGUUCAAUUUGCACCACCUCCUUUACCUUGAUCUAGGUUCCAACAGCUUCAUUUCAUCACUCCCUUCUGAGUUUGGAAAUCUCAACAGACUAGAGCUAUUGGAUCUUUCCUCCAAUAAUUUUUUCGGUCAAGUUCCUCCCACAAUUAGUAACCUAACCUUGUUACAAGCAUUGUACCUUGACAAAAACAAGCUCACUGGUAGUUUCCCACUUGUACAAAACCUAACCAAGCUGUUAUAUAUAGAUGCCAGUAACAAUCACUUCUCUGGAACCAUUACAUCUUCUCUAGUUAAUAUGCCUUUCUUAUCAAUUCUAGAUCUGCAUACAAACGAUCUCACCGGAUCUAUUAAAUUUCCUAACACCUCUACCCCAUCUAGGCUCAAGGCCUUGUACCUUGGGAAUAACCAUUUUGAAGGAAAAAUCAUAGAGCCUAUCUCAGAGCUCAUCAACCUCGAGAUUCUUAACCUUUCUUUCCUAAACAAAAGCGAUCCAAUUGACUUAAGUCUAUUCUCCUCUCUCAAAUCUCUGUUGCUCCUUGAUCUUUCUGGUAACAUUAUAUCUCCGGACAGUCUAGAUUCAAAGUCAGACAUCCCAACCAACUUGGAGAAUUUGUUUUUAAUGGGCUGCGACAUCAGCCAGUUCCCAAAUAUCUUAAAGAACCUUGAGAAGUUGGAGUUUAUAGCAUUGUCCGACAAUAGAAUCAAAGGAAAAAUCCCGGAGUGGUUUUGGAACCUUCCUCGUCUUACCUCAGUGUUUGUUCCAAAUAAUUCUUUUGAUGGUUUUGAAGGUCCACUGGACGUUUUGGUAAACUCAUCGGUGAAGAAAUUAUUUAUCGACCAAAACUGUUUUGAAGGAGCAAUUCCUAUUCUACCACUCUCCAUCAACGACUUCUCUGCAUCAUACAACAGAUUCACAGGGAGCAUACCUCUUUCACUUUGCAAUUAUACGUCUCUGAUGCAAUUGUCGCUAGCUUACAACAACCUCACGGGUCCAAUUCCUCAGUGCUUGAGUCACAACAACUUGACAACUGUGAAUCUUCGGAAGAACAACUUGGAAGGAAGGAUUCCUGACGCGUUUGUAACCGGUGCUUCUCUACAGGAACUUGAUGUUGGACACAAUCAAUUAACAGGAAAACUUCCAAGGUCUCUUCAAAAUUGCUCAUCUCUAGAGGUUCUAGUUGCUGACCACAACAUGAUUGACGACAAGUUUCCGUUCUGGCUCAAGGCGUUACCGAAUUUGCAAAUCCUUAUCCUCAGUUCAAACAAAUUAUAUGGCUCUAUCUCUCCUCCUGAUCACGGUUCUCUCAGGUUUCCAGAGCUGCAUAUAUUUGAGAUAUCUGAUAAUAAGUUUACUGGAAACUUGCCACCAUCAUUCUUUGUGAACUGGAAAGCAUCGAUGAACGAAGACGAUGUUCACUAUAUGAAAUACGAUGAAGAUAGCUCUGGGAGUGUGAGAUAUAGCGUUUUAGAGUCUAUAGAUUUGCGAUACAAAGGUCUAUCAAUGGAGCAAAAGAUGGUCCUUACCUCCUACGACACCAUUGAUUUUUCUGGGAACAGAAUUGAUGGACAGAUCCCUGAAUCGAUUGGUCUCUUGAAAGCAUUGAUUGCACUCAACUUCUCAAACAACGCCUUCACAGGUCAUAUUCCUCUGUCUUUAUCCAAUCUGAGCAAUCUCGAGUCAUUAGAUCUAUCAACCAACCAACUCUCAGGGACAAUUCCUAGUGGACUCAGUAGUAUCUCGUUUUUGGAGUACAUAAAUGUGUCUCACAACCAGCUCAAGGGUGAAAUACCACAAGGAACACAAAUUACAGGGCAACCUAAAUCCUCCUUUGAAGGGAAUGCAGGCCUUUGUGGUCUUCCUCUCCAGGACAGUUGCUUUGGAACUAAUGCGCCACCGACACAACAACAAACUCUGGAAGAAGAAGAAGAAGUAAAAGUGUUGAACUGGAAAAGUGUGGCAAUAGGGUAUGGACCUGGAGUGUUGCUUGGACUUGCAAUAGCACACCUCAUUGCUACAUACAAACCAGAGUGGCUAAUUAAGAUAAUCGGUCCGAACAAGCGCAGAAGCCGUUAGGAAUGUUUUCAGUUUGAGUAUGAUCCUUCUAAUGUAUGUCAAGUGGUUGAUGAUUCCUCUUGUAUGGAAGCAUCUCUUUAUGUUUGUUGUAUCAUUAUCUGAUGCUUUGUUUCUUUUGUCGUUUUCUACAAAAUAAGAAUGGUGAACGUUUUGUUGUCAA